GUUGGUUAUGAAUUUAUAUACGUUAAAUAACUUUAAAAUUAAAUUUUGAAAAUGUCUUACAAAAUUGACCCUAGAGAGGUAUUAAUCUACCUAAACAAACUUGGAUACACAAAUAUAAGUGCUCAACAGUUAAAAGAAUUUAUUAUAGAUUUAAAGAAAAUAAUAAAAUAUGAACAAAGGAAACAUAAAACACUGGGGCACGAUUUUGGUAUAUCUGAUACUUACAAUUACAGUACGCCUAUAUAUCCUGAACCCAAAUUAAAACCUCAAAUGUAUCAAAAUAAUGAUAUUUUCGAAAUGCUUCAUAACCAUCCUACACAAGCAUCAAAAGCUAAAAUGGUUGAUAAAAUAAACGGACAAAUUGCAGUUCAUAUAACACAUGCAAAAAAGAAAAAUAUUGACCACGAACAUUGUGUCCAUUUAGAAACUGGUGUACAAUCAAACAUUUGUAAUUGUAGAAAACCUUCAGAAAAUGUACAAACUACAAGUAGUGAAAGAGUGAGUAAAGAAGAUAUACAAACUCAAACUGAUAGGUCAAAACAAAUGUCAGGAUCAUCAACAAAUAAAUCUAGACCCACUUCUAACGAGGCUUCCUCUGUUCCAAGUUCAAAAUUAAGAAAAUCUAAAACUGCAGUCCUGAAGAAUACAUCUUCUGUUAAAUCUUUGAAAAAAUCCGAUCCUGUGGCAUUAUACCAUCAGUAUCAACAAGAGUGGAAAAGUGUGAAAUUUCCAGGUGAAGACAACCACUUAGAUCUACGGUGGGCAGUUAGAGAAAAACUUAUAAAUGGACCUCCAGUAGAAAUACCUCUGAAGAAACGUAGUCAUAAGAAAAAUGUAUUUUAAUUUUAAGGUAUUUUGACGAUUUUUCUUAAAUAAAAGCAAACUAAUUUAAUGUAAAUAACCUUGUUACAUAUUGUAGUUUCAACAAGUUUUUAUAGUAAACUAUUCAGUUCUUUAAUUACAAAAAUAAACACAAAUUAUUGACAUAUGUAAAUAAAAAAUGUGUGGUU